AUGAUGGGUGCCGCUAGAACCACAAGAUUCUACAAGAAACGAAACUCCGCCACUUCCCCCGCCACUAAAAAUGGCGCGAAAAAAUCGUCUCGAACCAGUUCACCUUCCACCUCCACAUCGAAUAGUCUCAGUGUUCCAAACCUGCCAUUGAGGAAGCGAAGUGGAAGCGCGCCGAGUAUCAAAAUUGUCACCCUGGUGAGUUUCUUGGUCCCAAAAAUUCUUGAUUGAAAUAUAAAAGCUAGAAAUGUUUUAGGCUACCACGUGGAAUUUGAAGCACGAGCAAGUUCGGGGAAUUCGCAUGACUUGGGCAAGAUUGUGCGAACCGCCACGAUCGAAUUGUCGAGGAAUUGUGUCGUUGGUGGAGCGCGUUUGGGAGAAAAUUGAUACGGUGGGUAGCAAAGCACACAUUUCAUUUCAAAGUUAGCCUAACUCAAAAAAAGUGUUAAUUAAUUCAAUUAAACUGGUUUCUUGAGUUAAGUGCACUUUUCAGGGGCAAAAAAAGUUCAAAAGAAAGAAUUUUGGGACCAAAAACCUUUUUCCCGAAGCUAAAAUUGAAUUUUUUUCAUUUGAAUUUUUAAAAUUCACAUGACAUGGAAAAGCAAAAAGCCACGUGGAAAAAAUUGUGAACAUUUUCCAAAUUACACAAAAUUCUACGUGGCAAGAUUUCAGAAUUUUGAAAAAUUCAAUUUCAUUUUUUUUUCACAGCGAAAAAAAUUUGUUAAAUAGAAAAAUGCAGGCAGUUUGAGCUACAGUAAUCCUGACAAGUUACAGUAUAUUUUGUAGGUUGGUAUCUAUACAGUACACUUUGCAGCGUUGAAUAGCUUUAGGCUUAUUUGCAAGUACAGUAAUCCUGAAUUACAGUAACUUUUGUAGUUUGGUAUCUAUUUACAGUACAUCUUCAGCUCUGAAUAGCUUUAGGCUGAUUUGCAGUUUGAGGUACAGUAAUCCUGAAUUACAGUAAUUUUUGUAGGUUAGGUGAUGGUACAGAAUUCUAUAGCAUUUUGGGUUACAGUACGCCUUGCAGUCUGACACUAAAAAUUAUUGCAAGUGCGCUCCACCGAAAUAUUGAUUUUCUAGAAAAACAAACAGCAUUGCGCUUUACUGAGUUAUCAAUUUCUAGGUUAUACAUUCAAAAAUUAAAAAAAAUGCAAAACGCGCUCUACCGAACUAUCGAUUUUCCAAGUUUCCCAAUUUUACUCUCUCGUUCUCUCUCACAUGAGAUUGUGCACACGGAAGGAAGUGCUCAGAAUUUUUUCAAUGAAUUUUCCGGCCUCAAAAAUCUGCGUGGCAAUUUUUAGAACUCCACGUGGCAAAAUUCCAAAUACACCAUAAAAUAAAAAAAAUUCCAGAAAGACAAAGCUGUGCGCAACAUUUUCUACAACGCCGCCUUCGUCGAUUCAAUGAACGAACGUUGCGAUCGUCGCCGCUCGGGCUCCAUCGCCACCCUCCGCGAUCACACCCACUUCUUCGUCUCACUCGUCUCCCAAGUCGUCCAGAGUCUCGACCAAGAUCCCACAAAAAUCCUGGCUCAUCUCGACACUCUGGGACAGAAUCACGCGUAUCUGAAGAAGUACGGCUUCAAAUCGACGCAUUGGGAAAAAGUGGGCGAGUAUUUCGUGGAUAUUGUCGUGAUUCAGGAUUGUGUUCGUGGAUUCCCCGAGGCGUGUCGUGCGUGGACAAUGCUGAUUUGCUCGGUGGUGGAUCGAUUGAGAGCGGCGCCGAGGCGUGGAAGUUUUGUGGCGACGAUGGGAAGUGAGAGUAGACGCGGAAGUGCCUGCUCGAUUUCGUCCGAACCCAAAUGUCCACAUUUGAGCGGUGCUGGAAGGUCCGGUUUUUUUUGGGUUCCCCCAAGACAAUUAUGUUUUUUCCAGCAGUCUAUCGAUUGAUUCCGCUCAACCUCGUCGAGGAUCAAUUGUUCUUCCAGCAGUGACAGUAGAUCUAUCAAAUUUGAGUCUCAAGGAAACCCUUCCACCAUCUCCUCUUGUUACAAAUAAUAACAAUGUGAAGUGA